AAAUUAGAGGAUGUUUUUUUCAUCUCAUACAAAAUAUGAAAAAACAUGUUGCAGUUGUAGGAUUAAUGGCAGACUACAGAAAUGAUGCAGACUUUAAUUUACAUGCUCGCAUGAUACCUGCAUUGGCGUUUGUCCCACCAGAAGAUGUAGCUGCCUAUUUUGAAAUUCUAAGUGAAGAAUUAGAAGUAUUGUUUCCAUCAUUACAGCCAAUUCUCGAUUGGCUAGAAACAAACUAUAUUGGAAUGCUGAGACGGGAAGGUGUAAGGAGAACACCAGCGUUUCCUAUACCCACUUGGAAUUUAUAUAAUAGAGUUUUAGCAGGACAAAUGAAAACAAAUAAUAUUGCUGAAGCAUCUCACAGGAGACUCCAGGCGCAGCUGAGCAUGACAAAUCCGACAAUUUGGAAAUUUAUUAURGAGCUCAGAAAAGUUCAAGCAGAGAGGGACAUAUAUUAUGAAUUCCUUGUUGCGGGUAAUCAACCACCUGCUUCAAAAAGAAAAUUUGUGGAUGCUGGAAACCGUAUUUUGCACUUGGUACAAAAUUAUAGAAACCGUCAAGCCAUUGAGUACCUAAGAGGACUUGCACAUAAUUUUGUUAUGGAUCAAUAA